UGCCUUUCACGAAAGUGUGGCAUACAGUUUCCUGUUGCCCAUCAGUACGAACUCCUAGCUCGAGCCUUCAGCUGUCUAGCUUCUGAAACAGUUACCUCCCGUCGCCGGACAAAAGGGUGGUGUCGCACUUGUCAUUUGCGCAGACAAAUUGUUCGUGCAAGCUUGAACAUUGGAGGAACAUAGUUCAUCAAAAUGGCUUUGCUUAUACUGGUAGCAUGCAUUAUGCUAACCACGCUGGUUACUGCCAACGUUGUGCCGGAUCGUCGCGAACCAGUCGACGUGUUGAGGACGAUGGCCCACUUCGAACGAGCCUUGAUCGUGUACACAUCCACCAACGACACUGCAUUGAAGUGCGCCACCACCACUCGUACCUACUUCGAUCUUGGAACGAAGAAGGCCACCUACGUUUGGCAACUGAAAGGCCACGACGGUUCAGACAAGAGAAACAUUACGUAUGAUGUACAGGAGGCAGACUCACCUGACAAGGCCACCUACUUCGUCGAGAACAGGUAG